CCCAGCCGCCUGCCCCGACUAGGCCAUGUCCGACUACGAGAACGAGGACGAGUGCUGGAGCGCCCUGGAGGCCUUCCGUGUGAAGCUCAUCUCCAUCAUCGACCCCGCCCGCAUCACGCCCUACCUGCGCCAGUGCAAGGUCCUGAACCCCGACGACGAAGAGCAGGUGCUCAGCGACCCCAGCCUGGUCAUCCGCAAGCGGAAAGUGGGUGUGCUCCUGGACAUCCUGCAGCGGACUGGCCACAAGGGCUACGUGGCGUUCCUGGAGAGCCUGGAGCUCUACUACCCGCAGCUGUACAGGAAGGUCACGGGCAGAGAGCCCACCCGCGUCUUCUCCACGAUCAUCGACGCAUCCGGGGAGUCGGGCCUGAUGCAGCUGCUGAUGAACGAGGUGAUGAAGCUGCAGAAAAAGGUGCAGGGCCUGACGGCACUGCUGGGCUCCAAGGACGACCUCGUGGAGGAGCUGAGGGUGAAGGACAGCCUGCUGCGCCAGCACCGGGAGCGCGUGCAGAGGCUCAAGGAGGCCUGCGAGAUGGGCGGCCGCGAGCUCCAGCGCUGCAAGGACAAGAACUACGACCUGGCCCUGCGCCUGGCCCGCCAGAGCGAGGAGCGGGGCGCUGCGCUCAUGCGCAACCGCGACCUGCAGCUGGAGAUCGACGGGCUCAAGCACAGCCUCAUGAAGGCAGAGGACGAGUGCUCGGUGGAGCGCAGGCACACGCUGAAGCUCAAGCACGCCAUGGAGCAGCGGCCCAGCCACGAGCUGCUGUGGGAGCUGCAGCAGGAGAAGGCGCUGCUGCAGGCGCGGGUGCAGGAGCUGCAGGCCUCCGUCCAGGAGGGGAAGCCAGACCAGAGCAGCCCCUACAUCCAGGUGCUGGAGGAGGAUUGGCGGCAGGCGCAGAGGGACCUCCAGGAGCAGACCACCACCACCUUCUCCCUGCGCAAGGACCUGCGCCAGGCCGAGGCCCUGCGCGCCCGGUGCACGGAGGAGAAGGAGAUGUUCGAGCUGCAGUGCCUGGCCCUGCGGAAGGACUCCAAGAUGUACAAGGACCGCAUCGAGGCCAUCCUGCAACAGAUGGCGGAGGUCGCCAUCGAGCGGGACCAGGCCAUCAUGACGCGGGAGGAGCUGCACGCACAGCACGCCCGCAGCCUGCAGGACAAGGACGCGCUGCGGAAGCAGGUCCGCGAGCUGAGCGAGAAGGCGGAUGAGCUGCAGCUGCAGCUGUUCCAGCGCGAGGGCCAGCUGCUGGCAGCAGAGGGCCGCCUCCGGCGGCAGCAGCUGGAGACGUCCGUCCUGAGCUCCGACCUAGAGGACGGCUCACCGAGGAACUCCCAGGAGCUCUCGCUCCCCCAGGACCUAGAGGAGGACGCCCAGCUCUCAGACAAAGGCGGCCCAGCCAUCGGGGAGAGCCCUGAGCAGCCCUUUGUGGCUCUGCAGAAGGAGCGGCUUUCACUGACCCCCGAGGACGCAGGCCUGAGCGGCGGGGAGCCCCCCGAGAAGGAGAAGGGGCGGCGGCGUCUCAAGGAGAGCUUCGAGAACUACCGCAGGAAGCGGGCCCUCAGGAAGAUGCAGCACGGCGCGAGACAGGGGGAGGUGGACUGGGAGAAUACCACGGGCAGCGACAACACCGACACCGAGGGCUCCUAGCCGGCCCCUCCGUCCAGCCGCACGUCGUGGGAGGACACGGCGCCACCUGGGAGCUGCCCCGCUAGGCCGCCUCUUCGUUGGCGAGCACGGGCUUGUUCUAUCUCUGUGUGAUGCACACGCGUGCCUCAGUGUUAAAAAUGCAGCCCCGUCAAUAAACGAGCGCGGUCCGGA